AUCGCGUUGUUUGGACACAGCUGAUCGUUUCAUGCUAGACAAAAUAAAGGGCCAGGCUAGCAGGUCUCACUCACAAGUUAUCACCCCCGGGGAGCAGGAGAGCUGUCGGGUCAUAAGUAAGCUAGGCUGCGGUGACAGGAACCAGGAGCUCCUUCUUCUUCGUUUACCAUGGAAACCUUGCCAGUAGCGGCUAGCUAACAUUAGCUUUGUCCCGCUUGACGGGGAGCUAUGACAACAACAACAAAAACGGCUUAAAUGUUUGCUUAAAUGUCAAUCUUGUUGUCUGUUAAAGCUGUCCGUCACAAUGUCCUGCUCUGGAAACCUGGUUUGGGAUGUAAAUAAACGCCGCAUUGGGUACAGCGACCCGAACAGUAUCAGGACUAACUAUUUAGGUAGAAGAGAGUUUGUUCAGAGGCUUAAACUCGAAGCAACGCUGAAUGUACACGAUGGCUGUGUCAACACCAUCUCGUGGAAUGACACAGGAGAAUACAUCCUGUCAGGGUCAGAUGAUACCUUCCUGGCCAUUACCAACCCGUACAACAAAAAGGUCAAAAAGUCAAUACGGUCCGGUCACCGUGCCAACAUCUUCAGCGCAAAGUUCAUGCCCCACACCAACGACCAGGAGAUCAUCUCCUGCUCCGGGGACGGAAUCAUCUAUUACACACACACGGAGAAGAGCGCAGAGUUCAACAGACAGUGUCAGUUCACCUGCCAUUAUGGCACCGCCUAUGAGAUUAUGACGGUACCAAAUGACCCCUAUACCUUCUUGUCAUGCGGGGAGGAUGGCACGGUGCGAUGGUUCGACCUCCGCACGAAAACCAGCUGCACUAAAGAAGACUGCAAAGAUGACAUCCUAAUAAAUUGCCGCAGAGCAGCGACAUCCAUCUCCAUCUCUCCCCUGAUGCCCUACUAUCUAGCGGUGGGCUGCUCCGACAGCUCUGUGCGCAUUUACGACAGACGCAUGCUGGGCACCAGGGCAACGGGUAACUACAUGGGUCGGGGGACAACGGGCAUGUGCGUGAGGUUCGUGCCCGACCACCUGUCCAACAAGUCGUGUCGCGUGACAUCUCUGUGCUACAGCGAGGACGGCCAGGAGGUGCUGGUCAGCUACUCCUCAGACUACAUCUACCUGUUUGAUCCCAAAGAUGACCAGGCCCGAGAGCUGAAGGGGCCCUCGGAGGAGAGGAGGGAGGAGCUGAGGCAGCCACCAGUGAAGCGCCUCCGUCUACGAGGUGACUGGUCAGACACCGGACCCCGAGCUCGUCCAGAAAGCGAAAGGGAGAGAGAUGGUGAGCAGAGUCCUAAUGUCUCUCUAAUGCAGAGGAUGUCGGACAUGUUAUCACGGUGGUUUGAGGAAGCUAGCGAGGCUCAGAGCAGCAGCAGAGGGACACGGCCUCAGUCUCGGCCCCGAGGAACAGCUGUCCGCCCCAAUAUUCCUGCUGCAGUUGCCUCCAGCCAGGGGUCCAGCCCCCCUGAAAGGGGUGUAGCGGGUGCAGAGACAAUGACACCCUCACCUGCGUCCUCGUCCUCAUCAGAGUCUUCAACAUCUGCUGCGUUACCUCCCGUGGAGAGUUCAGCAUCGCCACCCUCUACACAGGCCGCCCCGAGGAGGCAGGCCCCGACAACAGCGGUCACCUCAGAGACGGCGCUCUCAGAGUACGGCCCUCAUCGACUGCCCAUAAGUUUAGUAUGUAGGCGUUUGCAGAGGUUACUUCGCCUGGCUGACCCCCCAGGACAGGGGCGGCGAGCGACCCCGUCUUCUUCUUCCUCCUCCUCCUCUUCCUCCUCUGCCUCUGCACCCCCAGAGAGACAGUCAGAAAGACUGGCUGCCACUGCUAUUCCUGAGACGCGUCCUACAGAUUCCCCAUCAUCUGUGGUAAACAAACAGCUGGGAUGCAUGACUCUUGAUGAGCAGCAGGGAGGAGUUUCUGUUUCCCCGCCUGAUGAUGCUCCUCUGCCAGCCAUCUGCAGCCUUCCCUCCACCUCUGGUAACAGCCGACCCGGUGCGGCGGAACCGGUGCUCAGCCUGCACUACAGCUCAGAGGGAACCACCACCAGCACCAUCAAACUGGACUUCACGGAUGAGUGGAGCAGCAGCACAUCCAGCUCUCUUGGCAGUGCAGGUCCCAAAGCGUCUGACACACUGCAUAGCCGAGAGAGUCCAUCCACGAAGGGUUCAGUUCUGGAGCUACCUCCCUGCGACCCCCCAGCUCCACAAAGUGAGACUAGUACCUCCAAAGAUCCUCCACGCGACGCCUCCUGCUCCAGUGGUCCCACCGGGUCGCCAAUCCAGAGCUCGGUGGUGGAGGGGGGUGUCACGGAGAGGAGUCCCUCUGACCCUCCUGAAGAAACCUCUGGGGACUGCAGGAGACAGGAGCCCAGGGAGGGGGCAGAGGAGGGACAAAGUCAGCCGGUCAGGGCCAACCAGGACUCCGAUGACAGCGAUGACGACCCCAUCCUCAUCCCUUCGACACGGUUCAGAGGACCGGGCCAGAGAUUAAAUUCCAGAGGAUCUGCAGUAGGAGAUAGAAUGAUCAGACGCUCGGCAGCCGCUCGCAUCCAGGAGCUGUUUCGCAGGAGAAAAGAAAGAAGGGAGAUGGAGGAGAGUGAGACGCAGAACAUCAGGAGGCCCUCUGUGAAAAUGGUGUACAAGGGCCACCGCAAUUCCCGCACAAUGAUUAAAGAGUCUUGUUUCUGGGGCAACAACUUUGUGAUGAGCGGCUCAGACUGCGGCCAUAUCUUCAUCUGGGACAGGCACACGGCCGAGCACCUCAUGCUGCUGGAGGCCGACAACCACGUGGUCAACUGCCUGCAGCCGCAUCCUUACGACCCCAUUCUGGCCUCUUCAGGGAUCGACUAUGACAUCAAAAUCUGGUCGCCGCUGGAGGAGUCACCGUCUUUCAACAGGCUGCUCGCUGAUGAGGUCAUAACACGAAAUGAACUGAUGCUGGAGGAGACAAGGAACACCAUUACGGUGCCUGCGUCCUUCAUGUUGCGAAUGCUGGCGUCCCUCAAUCACAUCCGAUCAGAUCGUCUCGAAGGCGACCGCUCCGAAGGAUCAGGCCAAGAAAACGAGGAUGAGCAGUAAAGUGGAUCGUUGUUGACUCCUUGUUUUAAAGAGAACACUUUUUUUUGCUGCAGAGCACUUCUUGAGAUUUGUACAAGUGUAGAAUACUUCCUUUUUGGUGUCAUUUCUAGCCCUGUCCCUCUUCAGCUGUCUUUUUUUUUUUUUUAAAGACUUUCUUACGAAUGUUUAUGUAUAAGAGUGAACUCUGGCCGUGUGUGAAUGCAAUGGUGUCAGUACGCAUCAGCUUUGAGAGGUGAGUGGCAUGUAAGAUUAAGUGCAAUAUUAUUAUUAUUAUAUGUUGGGAGUAAUCUUUCAGUGUUGGGUUUAAAGCGAUGUAAACAAGAGUACUUCAUACUUUUGGUGGCGGUCAAAAAAACAAAGCAAAAGCAGAAAGAACAAAAUCUAUUGUAACUCGCCCCGAGUGUUCACAUUGAUAAAUGCAUCUUUUACAGCAUUUUGAAGAAAUAAAAAACAAAUAAAGCAACAGGGCAUUUCAUUAGGUGCCUGCGUGACAAAUGUGCUGCUCCUCUCGUUCUACUAAUUGACUGAUUCAAUCUGCAGUAUUGAACAAAGCAACAUGGUUUACGUUUAUAGAAACUCAAUACAAGUAUUUGUGAAAUAUCAAAAGGUUACAAUUCAGUCACUUUCCUUAUAAAAAAAACAAAAAGUACCAUUCAAACAAAUCAAUUGUAACAAAUAUGAGGUAAGACUGAAGCGCUGUGGAUGUGCUUAUUAAAUGCUUAUACAUUCACCCAGGGUUCCUUGCUGAACUCCGACGGCAGGUACUACAUAUACACAGAACAAACGCACAGCUACAGUAAACCGUAUGCAAAACAGAAACAAACAAGCUAGUAAUCCUCUUCAAAUGUACAAAGAAAAAGUAAGCUUGAGAGACAAAUAGUUGUUCUGCUGCUAGCAGAACCGCAUGCAUAUGCGGUCAUAUAGUAGUACACAUUCUACAUUUGUACUAAAUCCGAGCAAUUAUGCCACUUUAUACUGCUUGGCAAACACCCGCUGCGUAUCAAGAGCCCAUCGGAUCUACCCACACACCCCCAGCAUGGACUGUUUUCUCGCCUGGCAUCGGGGAGAAGGCUCUGCUUUAGAACAACCAGGUUUAGAGACAGCUACUUCCCCCUGGCCAUCAGACUGCUUAAUGCCAAAUAAGCCCCUCUACCUGCCCACACGUAUUAAAGUGUUUCCAUUGGUAAAAGCAGGUACUAUUGCUGAUAAUGUAACACUUUCCCGUGGAUGCUUUGUUGCCUUCAUUCUCCUCUUGGAUAAAAUGUCUCCUUUUGUGGUGGAGUCAAUACAGGAGGCUUGUUUGUUAGCGUGUUUUGUUCAAUGUGGCAUGGUAUU